GAAAACUAGAGUAGAGCAAAGGGAGUGAAACAUUAUUUUGCCGCGUAGCGUAUUUUCCCGGACACUCGGUGAAGAUGGCUGCGUGUUUGAGAUCAUGAUGUUGGACUCAUAGUUAUUUUGCUGUAGUUUCAAGAGAGACACAAUUCAUUAAGGAAAUAUUUUUAUUUAUUUUUUUCCGCUAGUGCUUGCUAGCUAGCUUAAGUUGUUUUGUUUAUGUCAAGCUAGCUCAAGCUAGCUGGCUAACGUUAAUCUAUGUCGGAACUGGCUUCUUCCAACCCAGAUCUGUCGGACGUGUCCUCUCUGGGUAUGGCUAACGCGGUUGGUUCUCAGGGUACCAGCAAUGCUGCUGUGCCCAAAGGCAACAGCAAAAGACGCGCACCGUCGGACUUUGAUGAUGAUGAAGGAAACAAACUUUUCAGGUGUGAUGAUGACGGCACGGCUUCGAACGAUAAGGAGCGCUUUGCAAGGGAGAAUCACAGUGAGAUUGAGAGGCGACGACGGAACAAGAUGACGGCCUACAUCACUGAACUGUCGGAAAUGGUGCCCACCUGCAGCGCGUUGGCACGGAAACCAGACAAACUGACCAUCCUGCGCAUGGCUGUGUCACACAUGAAGUCGCUGAGAGGGACUGGUACCACAGCAUCAGACGGCACAUACAAACCCUCCUUCCUCACAGACCAGGAGCUGAAGUAUCUGAUCCUGGAGGCAGCUGACGGCUUUCUGUUUGUGGUGUCUUGUGAGAGUGGGCGUGUGGUGUAUGUGUCGGACUCCGUGACCCCCGUCCUUAACCAGGCUCAGUCUGAUUGGCUGGGCUCCUCCCUCUACGACCAGGUCCACCCCGACGACGCCGACAAACUCAGGGAGCAGCUCUCCACCUCCGAGAACAACAGCACAGGGAGGAUGCUGGACCUGAAGACAGGCACAGUGAAGAAAGAGGGAGCACAGUCAUCUGUGAGGAUGAGUAUGGGAGCGCGACGCUCCUUCAUCUGCCGCAUGAGGUGCGGUGUGUGUCCAGUGGAGCCUGUAACUCUAAACAGACUCAGCUACCUGAAGAACAGAAAUAGGAAUGGACUGGGACCACCUAAGGAAGGAGAACCACAGUACGUGGUAGUCCACUGCACUGGAUACAUCAAAUCAUGGCCUCCUGCAGGGGUUUCCUUGUCUGAUGAAGAGGCAGACAAUGGUCAGGGAAACCGUUUCUGCCUGGUUGCUAUAGGAAGGCUGCAGGUAACCUGUUGCCCCAGCGACAACAACAUAGGCAACAUCAGCGUACCAGUGGAGUUCAUCUCCCGUCACAACUGCCAGGGCACCUUCACCUUUGUGGACCACCGCAGCCUAGCAACCGUGGGCUAUCAGCCCCAGGAGCUUUUGGGGAAGAACAUUCUAGAACUGGCACACCCUGAGGAUCAAGGUCUACUGAGAGACAGCCUGCAGCAGGUGAUAAAGUUGCGAGGGCAGGUCAUGUCUGUGAUGUUUCGGUUCCGAUCCAAAUCUCGUGAGUGGAUCUGGAUGAGAACCAGCUCUUUCACCUUCCAGAACCCUUUCUCUGAGGAGAUAGAGUAUAUCAUUUGCACCAACGCUAAUGUCAAUAGAGCUCCAAACCAGGAUGCGCUCUCCCCUCUCUCGUCCCCGGGGGUGGCACUGCCCCCCUCCCUGGGGCAAAACAGUCCUAACUGUCCCCCCACCCCCAGUCCAGGGCGCGUUACAGCCAGGCAGUUGCAGCAACAGCAGCAGGCGGAGCUGGAGGGCGGGGCAAGAAGGGAUGGUGUGUUUGAGGCCGGCCAGGUGUCUCUUCCCCAGCCAGUGCAGUCUGUAGGAGCAGCAGAUCCAAAUAAGACUUUGGAUAAAGAUCUUUACCCAGAGACCAGAGACCCUCGCUACCCAGAUCUAUACACGGAUCAGUCAAAGACUCUGCCUGCCAACUCUGCUCCUGGAGGACAGCAGAUUUUCCCUCAGAACAACUCCUUCCCCUCAGCUGCCCGUCCCAACGAAUCUUUCAGACCUGGGAACAUGGCUCAGCCGAUGGUUCUCCCAGGUCACACAGCGGGUCAGAUGCUGACCCACAUGUCCCAUCAGUCGGGCUCCAACCCCACCUGCCCGUCUGGAGCCUCACCCGGCACCAACACCCCCAUCCAGAACCAGGCCGGUACCGCCGCCGCGCCAGGGGCAUGGACCGGCCCCAGACCUGCCUUCAACUCCCAGCAGGUGGCAGCACAGACAGCAAAGAGUCAGUCUCCUCAGUUUACCAUGGGGGUGUUCCCCUCCGUGUCUUCCUCCUCCUCUUCUCCUUCCUCCUCCUCUUUUGGGCAGAUGCCCGGUGCUACGGCCUCCACCCCCGCAAACAACUCCACUUACCCCCAGCACAGCACCCGCCCAAACACCACUGCCAACGGAUACGGUGAUGUGAAUCAGCCCAAUGCGCAGUUCUCCUCCCGGCCAGGGGAGGCAGUGUGGCAGCAGUGGCAGGGUCAGCCGCACUCGCAGAACUCUGCGGAAACGCACCCUCAUGGCCAGGCCAACCAGGCAGAUAUGUUCCCGGAUGUACUUUCCAUGUUGGAUCAGUCCGCUAACUUCAACAACGACGACUUUGGAGAGAUGCCAAUCUUCCCUCCAUUCAACGAAUGAAACGCCACAAUUGUUCGUUUUUUUUUGUUUGUUUGUUUGUUUUUUCUUUAUCCCCAUCU